AUGAUCAUCUUUGCUAGUAGGCCUCAUAACGAGGCAGCUCAGUAUUUGGCAUAUGGACAGAAGAAUCUGAUAGCCGCAAAGUAUGGACCAUACUGGCGCAACAUGCGCAAACUGUGCACUCAGCACCUUUUGAGUAACCAAAAGAUCAAUUCAUUUCAAUCCAUGAGAAGGGAACAAGUUGAGCUUAUGAUCAAAUCACUUAAAAAUGAUGAUCGCGUUGUUGUUGAUCUUAGUGCAAAGAUUUCAUCUUUGAGUGCUGACUUGACUUGCUUGAUGGUAUUUGGAAAGAAGUACAUGGAUGAAGAUUUGGAUAAGAGGGGAUUCAAAGCUGUUGUUAAAAAUGUGGAGCAUUUAGCAGCAACACCAAAUCUUGGUGAUUUUUUCCCCUUCCUUGGUGUAAUUGAUCUUCAGGGACUCACUCGCAAGCUCAAAGAUCUUUCAAAGGUGUUGGAUGAGUUUCUUGAGAAGAUUAUCGAUGAACAUGUCCAGUUUCGUGACCAGAAGCAAUCCAAAGACUUUGUUGACACCAU